AUUAGCAAAUCCAAAAAUAAAAAAAGAAAUUUGUUGAAUGGAAGAACUGAAAAGAAAUUCAUAAAUUGUUUUUACAGUAUGAAUAAAAAGUUUCAACUUUUAACCCCUUUGUUCUUGAUCAAUGGGACUAGAGGGUUCUCUUCAAAGUUUACAAAAUUUGCACCUACCUCUUCCAAAUUCACAGUUUUCUUGCCGGAGAUCGGUUACCGGAGCUCCGUUUUGUAUAUCUUCAUUACCUAGACGGAAAAUUAAUCGAUCAUUUUCAUAUUCUUUUAUUCGUACACCAACCUUAUUUAGUUCUUCCGAUAAUCUUAAAACAUCCGGUCUAAAAAGAUCUUGUAGUGUAGAUUCUAACGAGUAUUUCAACCAAGAAUUUCUACGAGAAAUUGAAGAUUUCUCACAGAAAUUCGAUGUUUUCGACGAUUAUAACACGAACAUUACUGAUUCGGGUUACGUUGCGUCGAAAAUCGAUCAUAAAAUCAAGAAAACUGAUUCUUCAAUGUCUUUCUUGCCUUCCAAGUUAGAGUUUCUCGAGCCGAGUUUUCUCGGGAUCUUACCGGAGCCUCCGGAAUGGCCGGAAAGAGAAGAGAUUGUGAAGAUGGGAAUCCAAUUAAAGGCAAAUUCUGUUGAUAUUCCGUUAUCGUUACGGAUGAUCGGAAAAAAGCAGAAAUGUGAAUUAGGGUUUGUAGAUGAAACAGAGGAGUUUGCAUAUUGUGCUAUGGAUAAAGCUUUUUCUUCAAUGGUUCUUAUGAUUAGAGAGCUUCAAAAUCAUGCAUUAUCAAUUAGGGCUAAUCUUUACAGUGAAGAUUUAACCGCAGUAAUUAGUAAAUUUCAUAAGGAAAUGAAUGCUUCAUUUGUUUGGUUAUUUCAACAAGUUUUUUCAAGAACUCCCACACUUAUGAUCUAUGUAAUGCUUCUUUUAGCUAAUUUCACACUCCAUUCAAUGGAUGGAAAUAUGGCUACUGGUCUGACCAUCCCAGUCCCGAUCCAUACGAUAACAAUCGAAGAAUCGGGUAAAGAAAACUCAGGUUUGAUUCGACUUCCGAGUCCGAGUGUCGGGUUUCUUGGAGAUCAAGAAAUGAGCGAAGAAGAGGAGGAAUUGGAAUUGUGGAAUAUGGUAGUACAGGAGGCAAAAUUGAUGCAAGAAGAAGAAUCAGGAUUUUCGAUUCUUGAUCGAGAGACGACGAACGGAUUUGUAUCGCCGGUAUCGGUGGAGAUUGAAGCAGAGGAUUAUGUGGAAUUUUACAGAACAGAUCUUGUGUAUCAGAUGGGUAUAGCUGAGAAUCCAGGGAAUACUCUUCUGCUUUCUAAUUAUGCUCAUUUUCUAUACAAAGUUCGACAUGACUAUAACAGAGCGGAGGAAUGCUUCAAGCGAGCGAUAAUGUCAGGCCCGCCCGACGCAGAAACAUUCAGCCGAUACGCAGAUUUCUUAUGGUUAGUACGGAAUGAUCUAUGGAAUGCUGAAGAAGUAUACUUGCAAGCAGUAGAAGCUGAUCCAGAGAAUCAUUAUUAUAUGUCUAAAUAUGCUAAUUUUUUAUGGAACACUGGGGCUGAGGACACGUGUUUUCCUCUGAGUGCUUCACCUCCUCCUCCUCAUAAGGUUAUGUAAUGUAAAUAAAUGGUCUCUGUGUAUAAAUAUAUGUAUGUGCGUGUGCGUAGGAGCACACCCAUCUGGAAAUUUCAGCCACAUCAUCACUGCUAGAAAACAGCAAAUUAUCGAAGAAAAAAAUCCUGAUUUAGCGACGGAAAACUGAUUGAGUGACAGAAUUUAACUUUUUAACGACGGAAAUAUUUGUUGCUAAAAGACUGUUUUCUGGUGAUCAGUAUUUCUUAUGUUUGAAUCUGUAUGUUGCUGUGUAUGAUUUGCUAGAGAUCAUCAAUAAUGGAUGUGGAAUCAUAGUGAAAGAUGUUUCGGGUAAAUUAAUUUUUAAGAUUGAGUUAUCCCAGGUCUGUAAAUUUGUUUUGUAUAUUUUAGAGAAUUAUAAAUAUAUAUAAAAUUAUAGAGUA